AUGCCGGCUCUGGAUACCCCCGAGGCAAUGGUGGACAUACCAUCGCCCGUGGCCAGCCGCAACCCAGCCGAGCGUGUUGUGACCGACGAAACUUUUUGGGAAGAGCAUAGUACAUUUGCGACUGAUAUACGCCACAGGUACUCUUCUUCUCCGCCGAGCACCCAUACUGCCGGUGAUGAAAUAUGUGUGAAACAAUAUUUUGAGCAUUUCCACCCGUCAUUUCCUUUACUGCAUCGACCCACAUUCGCAGUCUCAUCAGCACCGACAUUACUGCUGAAAGCUGUGACUGUCAUUGGGAGCUUGUUUUCCCCUAAAGUGUACGACCAUGGGGGCGCACAGGCUAUCGAACACUGGCGUCAAGAUGUAUGGCAACAUGGACAGGAGGAACUUCAGCAAAUGGUUUCCUCCAAUUGCAGUGAGAUCAGACAGCCUUGGGUGAUUCAAGCGUGGCUUCUCUACAUAAUAUACGGGGUAUACGCGAGCGAAGCAGGUCAAUUCCAAACCGCGAAAAAGAGAUUUCGGCAACUUGUGGAUGCUGUGCACGAUAUCGGUCUACUACAACAGGGCAUCGCGAUGCCAGAUGCCCAGGCUUGGAUGUAUCAGAUUGAUUACAAUUCACCCACAGAUGAGUCGCAAACUCUCUUUAAACGAUGGACGUCCUACAUCGCCGCUGAAUCAAUGAGACUGUCGCUAUACACUCUGGUGUUCCUAGACUCGCAUACAUUUUCGCCUUGCAAUUCUCUACCAUUGAUGUCACCGAUGGAGCUUGGCUGGGAGCUGCCAUUCCCCAUUAGCCUAUGGGAGGCCAAGAACCCUCAUAUAUGGCUUCUGAGGUUCAACGAGAACUUUGGACUUUCGACAUUUUCAAUUACCAACAGUCUGUUACACGUGCCACGCGGCCUGGGGACGGCCUCCCUGAGCAUUGCUACUCAGCAACUCAUGACCGAAACACCGGACUCGGAAUUGUUGACAGCGCUUGAAGCGUCUCCAUUUGCUGCAUUCUGCGUCUUGACGAAUAUCGGUGCUCUGGUGCGAGACUUCACGCGAUGUUACUAUCAGAUGCCGCCCAGUCCGUCUGACCCGAACCCGUUCCAUAUACUGACUCAAGGUCAGAACAAACAAGUACACGCUGCGAUAGAGGCAAUCGCGAAGAUUGUCAAAAAGCAGGCCUACACCGGUGACAGCCCUCAGUUUCUCCUCUGGAGAACGAAUGAGCUCUUUAUCUCUUCUAUCAAAAUCAGCCUGUGUCGCCCAGAUCAACUACUGGUAGCAGGCAUUGUGGACAACAGUUUGAUAGCCGGGAUGGCUGCAUCUACCCACCUGACCCAAGGGAACCUCGUCGCGAUUCGGCGAUCAGCACCUCUUGUCCCUCACCACACCGGUGGCGACGAGGGCAUUGUGGCUCUCCUGAAAGAUCUUUCGAUUGCAUUGUCAAGUAUAUACGGGGAGGAGCAUGACAAAGUGACACGGGAAGCUCCAUGGGUCACCGUGGCCAGUUACGGAGUUCUCUUAUGUGUGUGGGGAGCUCUCAAACGCGCAAGCAGCGACAUUCGCCAUCAUUUGGACACCUUCAACGAACUUCCGAUAACAUCAGAAUCGUGCAUAUUGAUCUUCAAUACACUCAUGGAAUCGGUCCUUCUCCAUUCUUCCACUGGGAAUGACCGAGCAAAGCGAGACCCCCGCUUGUGGACAAUGGAUCGAGAGGCUUUCGUUAGUCUGCUUGAUGAAGGCGAGUCACUAUUUGUCAAUCUAUUCAAGACAUUCUGUCAGCGGAGAUCCUUGUGGGGAAUUGGACCCUCGAUGCUGGCUGUGCUGGGCGAGAUUCCUGGCGCUGCCGAAUAA